AGGAAGGCUCGGGUGAGCCUGCACGGAGCCGUCAAUGACGACCGGGCCGAGCGCCUCACCGUGUCGCUGCUCGAGAGCGUAGGCAGCCAGCCGCCAUCGUUCUCGGAUCUCUGGGGCGCUCUAUACGGCAUCUGGGUCCGUCACGACGAACACGAGAGGAUCCCUAUCGAAGUGGACAGCUCCUUCGGACAGGCUAAGUCUGAGGUGAUCGCCUACCUGAAGCACACCGGGCUUGCGUUUUCGGCACCCGAUGCGGUCAACUCUUCGGAGCUACUCCUUGAUCGAUCUAGCUUUUGGCAAGGCGCAGGCGCUCCACUAGGCCGUUCGUGGCUGCAGUCUCCUCAACCCUGCCCCAAACGCUUCGGGACUUUGACGAGCGACAGUUUCCCGAUGAUUCAGUCUUUCACAAAAGGAACUACGCCACCCGUCCUGACCGUCCAUCCUCUUCGACCUCCAAAGCCUGCGCCUGGAGCUGUGGUCUACUCGCGCUACAUCCACUCUGUCAAGUCGCACCUCACCCUCACCCACAUCGACGCGGCGAACCCGAGCCACUUUGAGCCGUAUUGCAGAUGGCAGAACAGUGAUCGCGUCAAAUUCGGCUGGAGGGAAUCUGGUGACGACGAACACCACCGUCAUUAUCUGGCCGACAGGCUUGCGGACCCCCAUAUCAUGGGCUAUGUCGUUGCCUGGGAUGGCGAACUGGCUGGCUAUGGCGAGGCUAGCUGGAACAAAGAGGACAGCAUGGCCGCCUUUGUCGGACAUGUUGGUGACUACGAUCAAGGCACACACCUCUUGUGCGGCGAGGACCGAUUCAGAGGCAGAUUCCGCUUCGCGCAGAGCAUGGUCAGCAUGAAGCACUUCUGCUUCCUUCGCGAGCCUCGAACCCAGAUUGUCCUGGGCGAGCCGAGGGCCGAUCUGGACAUUGUCGAGCUUCUCAAGGCUUACCUGCCCCAGAGCUUCCGUAGAGAGGUGGAGCUGCCGCACAAGCGUGCAGUCCUCUUCGAGCUCCACCGCGACCGAUUUUUCACAGAUGGCAUC